AGCAACUCAUAUUCAGAAACGAGUAAAAUAUCUUGCUGCUUUAGUGCAUUACUGACUUACAACCGUACAGCGCUCAUUUUGAUUUCUAUUUCAUAGAGAACAAACACCACAGUAAAAAUAACGAUGGAUGUCUCUCAAGUUGUAACCUUUCUCUUCUUAAACUACAUCUUGAUUGUAUCUUCGGCGUCAAUUCCAACCCGAUGUAAAAUACCAACAGACUUAAAAGUCCGCUACGACAGCUUGUCCAAUGCAGCCACUGUCGAUCAUUUUUUUCUACCAGCUGAAAUGGCUCCAGCCAAAAGGAACCGGACAACACUGACCGAUGGUGAUAAAAGCUGCUCAACACCGUCUGUAUCUCGUGAUGAAAUCCGUGAACGUUCCACCUGUCCUUGGUACCUGAAAAUUAUUCAUGAUUCAACAGUUUUCCCUCCAUCACGUUGCGAAGCGGUAUGUCGGUGUAGAAAGUGUUUAGGGCCUACGAGUUCCAACCACCAAUGUACCACUGUAUACACUAAAAUGACUGUCCUGAAACCUACAGGUGAAUGCAUUGAUGGAUUGUAUGUGUACGAACCACAUGUGAUUGAUGUAGCCACAGCUUGUGUGUGUGCACGGAGGAUUGAUUUCACUCAUGAUUGAAUUGAAAAGGAAUAUGAGUACUAAAAAUCGACCAACUUCUAAAUUGUUCAAUGCGUGUAACGCAAAAGUUAUUCAUAGUAUCAUGAAACGACAAGUUGACCACCGUGUGGUUAUUAUUAUUAUUAUUUUCUCUCUUAUUUUCAUUUCUUGAUUUUAAUUUUUUAUCUUCAUCUUUAUUUAUUUUAUCUUGUUACCUUUGUCAUUUGAAUAAUAAAUUACAACAUAUGUAUAUGAGGCUCAAGAACCGAUAUGAAUCUAACCGAAAUUACGCAUGAAUUCGCGAAUUGGAGGAUAACGUUCAUAGAGCCAAGGUGAGUGGGAACGUGUAUAUGUGCAUACGCAUGCAUAAAUGCACACACCUUCCUUCCUACACAUUUUAUUUAGUAUAUACAUCUAGUGUAUAUAUACACUCUGUUUACUCAUCAGAAGUGACAACUUACAGGACUGAAAGCAAAUGUAGAGCAUUCAUUAAUACAUUAUCAGUGAAUGGUUCCGUUUUCCAUCCCUCCGGUUUUCUCGUUUGCAACCAUCAGAUGGUAAACCUCGCCUGACUUUAUCUCGCAUAUUUACAGUCUAAAUAUUUUUACGACUGCUGGAAAUCGUAGCUUUU